AUGAAAAAUAAAUAUCAACAAAGAAAACGAAAAUUGGACGGAAAUGUCGAAUUUUUCAAAUGGAAAUCUUUGGCGCCAGAACUUCGACUGAUUAUAAUAAAGAAAAGGGAUCUGAAGACAAAGUUGAGAUUUUCGCAAUGCUCGAAAAAUUCUCGAACAUUUGUCACAUCGUUGAAAGAUGUGAUUUCGAAAAUCGAAAUAUCGGAUAUUCCACACGAUUAUGCGACUAAUCCGGUGAGUUUUUUGUACCUAAUUGCUAGAAAAUGUCCAAAAAGUGAAGCUGGGGAUCUAUAUUCAAAAUGUUCUAAUGUUUUCAGCCGAAUGAACAUCGUUACGAUUCACAAAUAUCAAUUGAUGAGUGGAAAAGGUUAGUUCAUGCUGAUUCCUCCCAAAGAAUCCCGGGACUCCAACCUGAACUCAAUUUGGAAAAUGGUUGUCGCAAUAAACUCAAAAUCUCACACAACACUUAUGACAACACUGAUGAUUGGCGCCAACAAACUUGUGAUUAUUGGAUCGAAUUCGAACAAUUUGAAGGCAACAAAACACUUGUGAAAUAUCGAAAUUGGCCAAUUUAUCUAUAUGGAAAUGGUGAAGUAAAAUGGGAGAAAAUUGAGGAAGGUGAUACAAGAACAGUGACAUUGAGAUAUUUGGAAUAUUAUUUGGAACAAUGGGGAAAUGUGUGUCCAGCUUUCAGUUUUCGAGUGAGUUUUCAACUGAAAAUCGUGACAAAAAUUCAAAAUAACGUGAAAAUUUGAUAUUUUUUCGGCUUAAAUGAUCACCAAAAUUUCUCUUUUUUUCAGACUGAGGAUAUUUCGACAACUGAUGUGGAUUUGAAUCAAAUGAAAAACUUAAAAGAAUUGCAAUGUGGCUAUUAUGAAUGGGACGGUGAUAUUAUUGAUUCAUGUAUUAGUUAUGACAAAUUGAUAAACCUCGAUAAACUCGACAUAUGUGAUGAGGAAUACACAAAUUUCGCUGAUCUCAAAGAUUUUCGAGGUACAAAAUUGAUAAUUCAGUGUGAAUUCGAGGAAGAUGAAUUGAAUCCGAUGCUUUUGCUACUCAAAAAACGCGAAAUUCUUUCAAAUAUUCGAUAUUUCCAAUUGAAAACAAACUCGAUACAUGAAUAUGUAAAGGACUUCAAAGUUAUGGAGCAUUUGAAAGAUUUGGAGAUUUUUGGAUUGAAACCAGUUUAUGACCUUUAUGUUGAAAGCGAUGAAGGAAAAGAAUAUCAACCUGAAGAUAUCUAUUCAAAUUGCAAAUUUUCAAUGAAAUCCUUGAAUCGCAAUGGUCAAUUUGAUGUCACUAUAUUGUUGGAUGAUCAAGCCACUUUUAUCAUGGAAAUUUUGUGGAAAAAUGAUUCUUUGGAAUGA